ACAGCGCCAGGCAGGAAGCUGGUUGCUUAGAAACAGAAGAAGAAGAAGAAACCGGAAGUGUCGUCGGCUCCGGUUCCUUCUGUCAGAGUCGAGCAAACUUUUCUAUUUUGGAGUGAAAGUCCUAACCGUGACGUGGAGAACCGGUUGGAACCGGUCCGUUUGUGGCAACAUGGCGGCGCUGGACGUGGAAGACGAGAGCAUCCUGGCGUCCAUCUUUAAAGACAGCUUCCCGGACAGCUGGAGGGACAACCCGGACUUCGCGGCCUAUCUGUCCGAACUGAGCUCGUUCGGCGUGGACAAGCUGAGCCGGGAGCCGGACCGGCUGGCGGAGGAACGGGCUCAGAUCCUUCAGCAGACCCGGGAGCUGGCCUUCUCCAACUACCAGACCUUCAUCCGAACUGCGGACUGCACCAAACACAUCUACCGGGAUUUUGGGCGGGUGGAGAGUAGCGUGUCCCGGCUGCUGGACAAGCUGCCCCGGUUCGGAGAGAAGUGCAGAGGCUUCAUGAAGGAGGCGGAGGAGAUCGGAGCGAGCCGGAGGAUGAACAGCCUCACGCUGAACCGCCACACAGAGAUUCUGGAGAUCCUGGAAAUACCUCAGCUUAUGGACACCUGCGUCCGGAACGGGUAUUACGAGGAGGCCCUGGAGCUGGCGGUGUACGUCAAGAGGCUGGAAAAGAAGCACACGUCACUUCCAGUCAUCCAGGACAUCGUGCGUGAGGUGCGGCAGUCGACUCAGCUGAUGCUCAACCAGCUGCUGCAGCAGCUGCGCAGCAACUCGCAGCUUCCCGUCUGCCUGCGCGUCAUUGGAUACCUGCGGCGGAUGGACGUGUUCACGGAGGCGGAGCUUAGAGUCAAGUUCCUGCAGGCUCGCGGCGCCUGGCUGAGCUCCGUCCUGGCCGCCGUCCCGGACGACGACCCGUACUUCCACAUCACCAAGACCAUCGAGGCGAGCCGGGUCCACCUUUUCGACAUCAUCACGCAGUACCGCGCCAUCUUCUCCGACGACGAGCCGCUGCUGCCGCCCGCUGGCAGCCAGGCAGUCAGUGAGGGCGCCAUCUUCCACGGCUGGGUGGUGCAGAAGGUGGCGGAGUUCCUGCAGAUGUUGGACAGGGACCUGCAGCGUGGCGUGGGGGGGCGUCUGGACUCCCUGCUGGGUCAGUGCAUGUACUUUGGGCUGUCGUUCAGCAGGGUGGGGGCGGACUUCCGCGGACAGCUGGCGCCCAUGUUCCAGCGGGUGGCGACGGACACAUUCCGCCGCGCCCUGCAGGAGGCGGUGGAGAAGUUCCAGGAGGACAUGAACCUGUACACGCUCAUCGCCCUGCCGGCCGUGCUGGGGGGCACCAUCCCCCCCGUGGCCCCCAGCGUCCAGCCCGGGACCCUGCAGCCCCCCAUGUCCCUGCUGGACUUCCAGCCACUCGCCUGCUUUCUCAACAACGUCCUGAGCGCCUUCAACGACCUGCGGCUCUGUUGCCCCGUUGGCCUCGCGCAGGACGUCAGCGCGUCCCUGGAGGACGCCCUGAGGACGGUGACCCGCCAGGUUCUGGUGUUCCACCGGGCCGAGGAGUCGGCCUUCAGCAGCAGAGAGAAGGAGCUGUUCCUCCGGUUCUGUUGCUGCUUCGCUGAAGACCUGAUCCCCUUCCUGAACCGCUGUCUGCAGGUCCUGUUCCCUCCGGCUCAGCUGGCUCUGCUGCUGGGUGUCCCGGCCUCUCAGCUGCACCGGUACCACGGUUUGGGCCGCAUCGACAUCGCUGCAGUUCUGGAGCCCCUGGACUUCCUGCUUCCUCAGAGGACGAUGCUGGAGGUCGACGGCACAACCAAGACUGAACUCCCGGAACCAGGCACGGAUCCAGAACCCAAGUCCACCCGGCCGGGUCUCACAGAAUCUGCUGCUGAUCCCAGGUCUGAUGAAGAGAGGGGACCGGAGGAGUGAGGACAAGGUAGACCGGUUCUGGGUUCUGCUUGGACAGAUCUGGACUCAGUUUGGACUCUGGUGGUGGGUCUUUCUGUGUGUGAGAGUUCUGGUUCUGAUCUAGUUCUGACUCAUCUAUGAUCACUUGCAAGCCUUUGCUGCAGCACUUAGACUGGAAGCUAGUCCUGGUCCCAGUCCUGGUCCCAGUGAACCGUAAUCAAUAAAAGCCAUAAUUAUUCUAGCA